UUAGAAACUACCAUGUCCAGACCAAUCCUUUCUCCAACCCACAUCAGUGCCACAGCUUCUGAAACAUUCACAGUACUCCAGCAAAGGAUGAGAAUAGUUGAGGAACAGACCAGUUCCCUGAGGAAUGACCUAAUAAUGUUGGACUUUGGUGAAGAAAGAGGUCAAUUGGAAGGUCCAAACUCUUUAGAAGACAUUACAAGCCAGAAAGUCAGUCCUGUCCAGAGUGAAGUAACUUGUUCAGGAAAAACAGAUGUUUUAUGGAAGAACUGUGAGUUUCUGGUGAAUCGAAUGUGCCGUCUGGAAAGCCUCAUUCAGUCCUUGAAGAUGAACAUUUUUCGCCUGCAAACUGAAAAGGAUUUGAAUCCACAGAAAACAGCUUUUCUGAAGGAUCGAUUGAAUGCAAUCCAGGAAGAGCAUUCCAAGGACCUGAAGCUGUUGCAUCUUGAAGUUAAGAAUUUGCGCCAGCAACUGAAAGAUGUAAAAGAGGAAGAAGACAAGGCACAAGAUGAAGUGCAGAGGUUGACUGCCACUCUGGAGAUUGCCUCAGAAACAAAGAAGAAUGCAGCCAUUAUUGAAGAGGAACUGAAGACCACAAAACGUAAAAUGAACCUUAAAGUUCAGGAGCUAAGGCAACAACUGGCUCAAGAGAGGCACCACAGGGAAUAUCUUGAGAAGUCUGGAUCAGCCAUGCUACUCAAAAUACAAGAAAUGGAAACUACAGUGGAAGUGGAACGGAAACAGGUGCACAUUUUGCAGGAAAACUGCAUUGCCCUACGCAGCUCUAUACAGAACACCCAAGAUCUGCUGGUCCAGGAACAACAAAGAAAAGGGGAGUUGGAGACUGCUACUUCCCAGCUUAAGUCUGAUCUAAUUUCUAGAGAUGACCUCAUUUCCAAAUUGGUUGAAGAAAACAAGAAUGUUCAAAUGUCUUUCAAUAAGGAACAUGAAGAAAAUGAAUAUUUCAGGUCUGAAAUAAUAUCUCUUCAAGAAUCAUCAGAAAAAGUUCAGGUUUUGAAUGAACAGCUGAAUAGAAAAUGUUCAGAACUGACCUGCAUGCUUCAGACUGUUAAUAUGGAAAAAGCCAGAAUCAUUGCUGACCAUCAAGCCAUCCUGCAGGUAGAGCAGAAAGUGAUGACGCAGACAUUUCAAGAACAAAACUUACUGCUGGAUGCAGCCCAUGCCAGUAUCACAGGUGAACUACAGAAUGUUCAGAAUGAGAAAAAUCAACUACAAGCACAUCUGGAUCAUUUAAUCUUCGAGCAUAACCAGUGUAUCCAGAAAGCACAGGAUGCUGAGAAGAGGACAGCUGCACAAAAAGAGCUGCUGGAAUCAACUAUUGCAAGAUUGCAAGGGGAAUUAAAAGCAUCAAGGCAAGAGAACAAGUCUUUGCUACAGGAGAAAGACAGAUUUCAGAGAGAGGUUAAUAACACAGAAAAAGAAUUAGCACAGGAAAAAUGCAAUUUGGAAAAGGAAUUAGCUCAAAACAAGGUAACCUUAAAUACAUUAACCCACAGCCUGCAGACUCUAGAGGAAGAAAAUAAGCACCUGGCGAAUCAAAUGGCUUCCCUAGAACUUCAGCAAGUUGUUCCUGAUUACCAUGGGGUUGCCCAACAAAAGGUGGAAAAAGUCUUGGGAAAAAUUACUGAUAGUAAAAAUAAACUGGCCUAUGAAAAGGGACAACUCGAGAUAAAAGUCAAACAGCUAGAAGAACAACUACAAUCUUAUACUGAAACCAGUUCACAGAACGAUCAUCUACGCAAGUUGAAUAAGGCUCUAGAAGCCAAAUAUACUCAGGCAAAUUCAGUACUCCAUGUCAUCAAGGUGCACUUGCAACAGACAGAAGCUUGCCUGGAAGAGGUGAAAUCUAUACUUGAAAAAAAUGAAGAGGAGCUGUCUCGAACAAUGAUGAGUCGCGAUGCAGCCCUGAAGGAGAGUCAGAAGCUAAGAGAGGACCUUGAGGCUUUGGAGGAAAGGGAAAGUAAGAAGGUGGGAAACUUUCAGCGACAAUUGGCAGAGGCUAAAGAAGACAACUGCAAAGUCACAAUCAUGUUGGAGAACGUGCUGGCUUCUCAUAGUAAGAUGCAAGGUGCUCUGGAGAAAGUACAAGUAGAGCUUGGGCGUAGGGAUUCCGAGAUUGCAGGCCUCAAGAAAGAAAGGGCUCUCAACCAACAGAGGGUGCAGAAGCUGGAAGCUGAAGUGGACCAGUGGCAGGCAAGAAUGCUCGUUGUGGAUGCCCAGCACAGUAGUGAGAUGGAGCCUUUACAAAAAUCUCUAGAUAUAGCUAGAGAAGACAACAGGAAAUUGGCUCUAAGUCUGGAGCAAGCUCUCCAGACAAAUAAUCACCUGCAAACAAAGCUAGACCAUGUUCAAGAAAAACUGGAAAACAAAGAGCUUGAGCGACAGAAUUUGCAGACCUUCAAAGAGCAAAUGACUGAGGAAUCCAAAGCGGAAGCAGAAUUGCAUGCUGAACGCCUAGAAGCUCUAAAAAAGCAAUUUCAAACUGAGAGAGAAUCUGCAAAGAAAGUGGCACAACGGGAAGUGACUGAGCUGAAGAAAUCCCUUGAUGAAGCCAACUUCAGAUCAGUGGAAGUGUCCCGGACCAACCGAGAGCUGCGGCAGAAACUUACAGAGCUUGAAAAAGUACUGACCAGUAACAAGGAGAAAAUAAAGACUCAAAAGGCCCAAAUUAAGCUCCACUUGUCAUCUAAGGCGAAUAAUGCUCAGAAUAUUGAGAGGAUGAAGCAAAUAGAAACAGAAUUGAGGCAAAUGGAGCUAAUUAAGGAACAGUACCAGAAAAAAAACUAUGAACAGUCAUUGAGCAUCCAGAGAUUUGUGUCUGAAAUGACAAACCUUCAGAAAGAGAUGCAGAUGUUGGCAAAGAGCCAGUACGAGACUUCAGCGCGGAAUAAACAGCAAGAGCUGAGACUGGAGACGGAGCGGAAAAUAAGGCAGGAACUAGAGAAGCGGUGCCAGGAAUUGGAAGAAACUGUCAGACACCUGAGAAAAUGUAAAGAGGUAACAGAGAAUAAACUGAAAGAAGCCAGUGUAGAAUCAGAACAGAUAACAGCUAACCUAGAAGAAGCUCACCGUUGGUUUAAGUGCAGGUUCGAUGGCCUACAGCUUGAACUGACAAAAAACCGGUUGCAGAGGCUUCCCCGGGAAGACAGGUGGCAAGAGGACCAAGAUGUAAGGCACGGUAUCCCGUCCAGCCAAUCUGCUCUACAGCGAUGGGAGAAUAAACAGAAUCUUAGGCUCAUGCCCAAGAAGUAUUCUGAGAUAGAGAGGAAGUGAUGUCCUUGACAGAGGAGCUUCUUUGUGUAUAGCUACACCUUCAGGAUUCUGCGAGCCUAGCGACUAGGGCUGUCCUGUUUCUACGGUCAUAAGAGCAUGAAGUCUUUAAAGAAAGUGGGCUGAAGACUUUGGACCUGAGUUUAUCCUUUUAUGAACUCUUUGAUAUCAAUACAGAACCAACCCAUGUUUUUAGUUCC